AUGACAACUACAACAGAUAUUAAUUCAAUGAUGUUUCAUUCAUCGUCACGAAUGAAUGAUGAAACAAAUAAUUCAUUUAUAUUAAAUCAAAGUCUUGAUCGAAUGGAUAUUGAUGAUAAUUCACACGUAUUAAUACCACCCCCUUCAACAACAAUCAAUGGACAUGUAUUGCCUGGAAUCAAUGAUGAUGGCAAUCUUGUUGGGGAUAAAAAAGAUGUCUUUCAUCAAGGAAACCCGAUGUUGAAUAAGUCGUUUGAUGUUUUACCACAAGUUAAAGAUGAUAAUAUCCCUUCGGUUGAUCUAAUACUAGAAGAGAAUAUGAAAAACAAUAAUCUACUAGACACAACAGUUGAAUUACCUAAUAAUAUAGAAGUAUUGGAUGAAAAGCCAUCAUAUGAAUUGAAUGUUCUUAAACCUGUAAAUAAUAUUGAAACGUCGACAAAUGUCCCAUCACUUUUAUCGAAUCAAUUUUCUCUUGAGUAUCCAUAUGAUUUACCUCAACGAGAAGAAAAUAUUCAACCAUCAUCACCGAACUCUGUUGAAACGAUCACAGGAUUAGCAAAAAAUAUCAAACUUAAUGCAAAUAAAACAAUAGAUGGACAAGAAUCUUCAACAUCAAUAUUAAAUAAUGACAAAGUAUUCGAUACAAACACAUUUAUACUUAAAAAGAAAGAACGACGAAAAAUGGCAACACCUGUUAAUGAAAAUAGCUUCAAUGGAACUAUUGAUGAAGCUCUAUCAGAUUUGGCUAAUAAACAAUCUUCAUUUAACACACCACCUGUAUCGGUCGAUGCUACUGUCAUUUCUCGGCUAGUUGCCGUAAAUUCAUCAUCUCAACAAGUUCCUAUAGAACCUACACGAAUUAUUGAAUGUGUUGAACAAUAUUAUCGAAUACUUUUUCGUGUUUGUGAAUGUACAGAAGAAUUAAAACAAGAAUUACGACACGUUAAAAGUGAACGUGAUCAAAUGAGCGAAGAUUUAAUAAAUGCAGAAAAUGCAUUUACAGAUGUUAAAAAACGAAAUGAAAAACUGAAAUUAAUCAUCAAUGAACAUAAAACGAAUACAGAAACAUUAAAACGUUUCUCAGAAGAAUCUGUACGUUAUACAGAAGAACAAAAACAAAAGUAUGCCGUACUUAAACAACAUGCGCAAGAAAAAUUAAAUGAAGCUAACAGUGAAAUUGAACGUCUACGUCGUGUGCAUCGGUCAGAAAUCGAAGGUGUUCAAGCACAAUUACGAUAUGCCCAAUUACGUGUGCAAUCUCUUGAACAAGAGAUUAAAUCGGUCAAACAAGAGUUAGAACAAAAGAAAAAAGAAAAUAUUGAAUUAACCAAUAUCUGUGAUGAACUCUUAGCAACAAAUAAAAGAUAG